AUGCUGGAAGGAGUAGUCGCUAACCUACUCAACCGAUUCCUCGGAAUUUACGUCAAGAAUUUCGAUGCGACACAACUCAACAUCGGUAUCUGGUCGGGCGACGUCAAGCUACGGAACCUCGAAUUACGCCGCGAAGCGCUCGAUCAGCUCCACCUACCUUUAAAUGUCGUCGAAGGCCACCUCGGCGAGCUCACUUUAUCCAUUCCCUGGUCAAAUCUACGAGGCAAGCCGGUGAAGGUUGAUAUCGAGGAUGUUUUCUUGCUGGCCGCGCCGAGAGAAGAUGCGGAUUACGAUCCGGAGGAAGAAGAGAGGCGCGCGAAUGCGCUGAAGAUGGAACGGAUCGAGAGCGCCGAGAUCCUGCGGGAGCGAAAUGCGGAGGGCAUGAGUCAGGAGGAGCAGCGUCGGAAUCAGAGCUUCACGCAGAGCAUGAUCACCGCUGUGGUGGAUAACCUACAGAUCUCCAUCAAGAACGUGCAUUUCCGCUAUGAGGAUUCAAUUGCUUCGCCCGGUCAUCCAUUCGCCCUCGGUGUGACUCUGAAGGAACUGAGCGCCGUCAGCACGGACGGGGAUUGGAAUCCGACUUUCAUCCAGUCAGACUCUAGUGUCACGCAUAAGCUCGCCGUCCUUGGUGCUCUCUCGGUUUACUGGAAUACAGACGCAAAGCUCCUUGGAACUGGACGGGGAUCUGACAUCGGAGCUGAGGCUCAAGGUAUCAGUCGUGCAGAGUUGAUGGAGAAGCUGAAAACCGCCAUUGAUGAGGACCAAGGUAAUCAAUACAUGCUGCGUCCCGUCAGUGGCCGUGCUGGAUUGGAGAUGAACAAAUCCGGCAAAUAUGACACACCUGCCAUCAAGGCACGUUUACUCUUCGAUGAACUCGGCUUCGUUCUGGACGACAAGCAGUAUCGCGAUGCUUUGAUGUUGGUUGACUUGUUCCAUUACUUCAUUCGCCACCAAGAGUACAAGAAAAUUCAACCCAAAGCUUCCCCGAAAGAGGAUCCGCGAGCGUGGAUGAAGUUUGCAGGAGAAGCAGUCUUGAGUAAGAUCCAUGAACGUAAUAGACGUUGGACUUGGGACUAUAUCAAGGAACGCAGAGAUGACCGCAUUGCGUACAUUGCCUUGUUCAAAAAGCGAAAGAAGGAAGAAGUCUUCACACCCGAGGAGAGCAAGGAAAUGGAAAAGCUCGAAGCGAAACUCAGCUAUGAGGAUAUUCGAUUCUGGCGGUCACUUGCACGAAACCAACUGCGAAAGGAGAACGUGGGAGUGAAGAAGCCCGCCGAACAACAGUCUUGGUCAGACUGGUUUUGGGGCGCCAAGAAGGAAGAAUCCGAGGAAACAGCCAUGACCGAAGAACAGCGACAGGAGCUAUACAAUGCGAUCGACUGGGAUGAGAAAAAGGCUAUUACUGAGAGCGUUGACCUGCCCCGAGAAUGGGUCAAACUCGAGGUCAAUUGGAGUCUCCGAGCCGGUAGCUUCACCCUGGUCCAGGAACCCCAUGGAGCGGCGAAUGAAGUCAUGAAGCUAGUGUUCAAUAAUUUCCGAGCCAAAGCCCUCCAGCGCCCCGACUCGUUUUUCCUCGAUCUCGACUUGGGAGGAUUGAAGAUGUACGACGGUACUACUGCUGGUACUCUCUAUCCUCAAAUUGUCAAGGUCAAAGAUUCUCUCGACUCUGCCGACGAUCAGAAGAGUUUGACACUGGAUCAAUCUACUGCGGAUAUCAAUGAUGAAGGAAGUCUGUUCCAUUUGCAACUGGAGCAAAACCCCCUCGAGAGCGACGCAGACACUGCCGUCAAAGUGAAGCUGAAGAGUAUUGAGGUAAUUUACAACCCUAGAUUCCUCGUCGAGAUUGUCAAAUUCUUCGAACCACCUGAAAGGCACAUGGAGUCUAUUGGUGCUUUGAUGGACACUGCAGGUGCAACUGUGGAAGGCCUUCGACAGCAAACACGGGCUGGCCUGGAAUUUGCCCUGGAGGAACACAAGAAGGUCGAUGCGCAAUUUGAUGUUCAUGCACCCCUGAUCAUUGUCCCUGAAAGCAUCACGCAGCCCAGCUCCCUUUGCCUAAUUAUCGAUGCUGGUCAUGCUAGUGUCAACAGCGAGUUGGUCGAUCGACAAGCAAUGCGCGACCUCCAGGCCAAACAGAAGCGUCAGUAUGAAGAAGAAGACUACAAGCAGCUCGAGCAUCUGUUGUACGACCGAUUCCUCAUCAAACUUGAUUCUACGCAAGUUCUCAUCGGCCCUGGCGUUGAAGCUACCAAAGCCCAGCUCAACACCAACGAAGAAUCCAGGAACUUCCACAUCAUCGAUCGCAUCAACGUGGAUUUGGCAUUGGAGAUGUGCAUUGUCCCUAAGGUGACCCAGCUCACGCGAACCCGGAUCUCCGGACAUUUGCCCGAACUUCAUGCGUCGAUGUCGGAUACCAAAUAUAAGGGACUGAUGAAAUUGAUCGACAUCGCAAUUCCUCAAUUCGACAGCAAAUCUGAUACAGCUGCGAAGGAGGAUGUUGUCACACGACCCAGGUCGUCAUCCUUCCAGCCACCAGUCCAACGAGAUCUUCCUGUUGUUGAUGACGAUGACGAUGUCGAAGAAGUCGAACCGAAGAAAGAUCAAACUGGCUCACCUGCCAUCCACCGCCGGGACUUUGAAUUCAAGUUCACCGUUGGUCGUCUUCGUGGAUCACUCUCUCGCGCCGAUCCCCACGACCUGCAGAGAGAUCAUUUGCUAGUUGAAUUGGUAGCCGAAGGCUUUGAAUUGGACUUCUACAUGCGCCCUUAUGAUAUGGUUGCUGAAGUCGUUCUGAAAUCGCUGAGUGUAGACGAUUACAUCGAAGAGAAUCCGGUCCCUGAGUUCAAGAGGAUCAUCUCUUCCAAGGGAUUCAACGCCGAUGAAGACAAGGACCUCUUCCAAUUGAAGAUGGUGCGGGUCAAACCCGAGUCUCCCGAAUUCGAGUCGACAUACGAAGGCGUCGCCAUGAAUCUCGACAUAGCAGUCUCUACCAUCAACCUCGUUGUGACGAGAAAGACACUUCUCACACUUCUAGACUUUAUCCUUCUUACCUUCACAAACCCCCAACAACCCGCUGAGGUCAUCGAGCCCAAAGACAGGGUUGAGGCGAUAGAGGAAAAGCCACAAGCUGCUGGAAAGCUUCGCAUCAGGGCUAACCUUAAGAGUAUCGCAUUGAUUCUCAAUAAUGAUGGUGUGCGCCUGGCAACCUUGAGUUUGAACACUGCCGAUGUCGGAAUUUUCCUCGUCGGAGCCUCUAUGCUCAUUCAAUCUCGGAUCGGCAGCUUGACGUUGGUUGAUGAUGUCAACCAAGGAGCUUCAGAGGACUCAGAUAUUCGACGCCUCCUCACCAUAGAAGGGGAAAACUUCGCCGAUUUCAAGUACGAAACCUUCGACGCCGAAAGUGACACUUACCCCGGUUACGACUCUGAAGUCUACCUCCGUUCCGGAUCGAUCAAAAUCAACUUUAUGGAGGAGCCAUACCGCAAAAUCAUCAACUUCCUUGUCAAGUUUGGUAAGAUGCAAGCCAUUUUCAAUGCAGCUCGUCAAGCUGCAGCCAACCAGGCCACUCAUAUGCAAGAGAACGCGUCGCGGAUGCGGCUUGAUGUUGUAGUCAAGACACCUAUUGUGGUAUUCCCUCGCGUGAUGUUGGAUGAUCGCCCACGCGACACAAUCACCGCUCAUCUUGGUGAGAUCUAUGUCAAGAAUGAAUUCGUGCCCAUGGAUGAAGGAAAGGACAGCCCUGCUGUCAAUGUCAUCUCCACUGGUGUUCGCAACAUUCGUCUUACUUCCAAGUUCCAUUUCGAAGAUGGUACUGCCGAGGAAUUGGAAAUGAUCCAAAAAGUGAAUUUGGACUUCAGCAUUUGCUAUUUGGAGCAUCAAGCCAACAACCCCCGCCCAGACAUGGAGAUAGAGGGUUCAUUAUCUCCUAUCAACUUGCGCAUCUCCCAGAGCCAGCUCAAGUUCCUGUUGGAGCUGUCAAAGUCAAUUCCGGGCGCUUUCGCUACUGACGCCGAGCAACAAGAGCUUGAAGCUAUGGAGUCUUUACCUUCCUCUGUCACCGAACCCACAAGAGAGGCUACUCAAACAACCCAGGAUGUCUCGAAUACUUCUACUGGUGAGAAAGAGACUUGGGUACGCCUGGACAUGAUCUUCAAGGUCGACAGUGUCGGACUGGAGCUUAUCCUAGCAAACGACAACCAGCCUGUCGGCCAAUUGGAGGACGCUAGUCUGUCCAAGUUCUCUCUCAACGAUACUCGAGUGAAGAUGCGCAUGUUGACAGAUGGAUCAUUGGAGUCGGAGCUUCUCAUUCACUCGUUCUCCAUUCGUGAUAGUCGCAAGCAAGACUCCAACAAAUUCAGGAACAUCAUGUCUUUGAUCAACAAUGACGUUCAGCAACAGUUCAUGGCUAGCGUCUCUAUGUCUGGAGGGCAAGAAAGGCACAUGAUUGCCAUGUUGACUAUUGAUAGCCCUCGCAUCAUGUUUGCUCUUGAUUAUCUGUCCGCAUUGCAGUCUUUCAGCCAAUCUGCAUUUGCAUCUGAAGAACCGCCAGUGGUGGAAGAAAGCGAGACAGAAGACUCCGAAACAGGAUCCGUCACAGCCGCAAGCUCUGAUAAGGCUAUCACUGAGGGCUCAUCCGGUACCCAAGGUGCCGGCAUGACAGUGUCAUUCCGAGUGAAUCUUGUCGAUGCUCAAGUCAUCAUGGUGGCAAACCCUGCCAUUCCUCACUCAGAGGCUAUUGUUCUGGGGACCAAGGAGAUGCUGAUAUCCCAUCAGAAUGUUUUCACUUUGCAGAUCCAAAAAGUGGGCAUGUUCUUGUGUCGCAUGGACAAGUUUGAAACGUCACGACUUCGUAUUUUGGAUGACUUUACCCUUGAAAUGUCUGUUGACAGCCGAGACCAGGAGAAGGGAUCUGCUUUGACCUCUAUCGAAGUCCACCUUGAACCCCUGGUCCUCCGCUUGUCCCUGCGAGAUAUUCUCAUGGCAAUCCAGAUUGUCAACAAGGCUUCUGAGAUGAGGGCUCAGAAUUCCCAACAGAUCGAAACUGGCGAGGUUAAGAAGAUUGGGGAUGCAAAGAGCACUAGAGCUCGCUCCACUAGCAAAGCUUCUCACACCAUUGCCAAUAGGACACGUCGCCUAAGUCAGAACCUUGGACAGGCUGGCCAGACAACUGCACCGCAAAGCUCGGUCAUUCUCAAGAGGGAAGAGCUAUCCGCGAAGAUCGACGGUGUUAGAGUCAUUCUGAUUGGUGAUCUGCAUGAUCUCCCUUUGCUUGACUGGAGCGUCAAGAAAUUCAAUGUAGAUGUGCGCGACUGGUCAUCAACACUGAAUGCCGACACCAACUUUGAGACGUUCUUGAACGUGUACAACUUCUCCAAGUCAGCAUGGGAGCCAUUGAUCGAGCCCUGGCAGCUCGGGUUCCACAUGGCCAAGGAAGUCAACCCGGAUGUCUUCUCAUUCGACAUCUAUUCCCACAAGACGAUGGAGCUUACCGUCACAUCUGCUACGAUUGCGCUUGCAUCAAAGUCAUUCCAGUUCCUCUCUACGGACGAGGACGUUCUUUCCAAACCGAGAGGCGCCGACGCACCCUACCGCAUUCGCAACUACACCGGGUUUGAUCUCAGGGUUUGGGCCGAUGUCAGCGCAGGAGAGGAAGGCCCAGCAGCGAAGCUGACCGAUGGCGAAGAAUCUCCAUGGCGGUUCGAGGAUUCCACUGCUGUCCGUGAGACAUUGACGCCUGAAGGCCAUGGUGGAGUUGUAGGCGUAAAGCUCGAAGGCAGUGGCUUCGAUAGUAUCAACCGCAUUCCUGUCGUUCGUGAGGGUGAGACCGUCUACGCUUUGAAACCCAAACAAGACAAUGUUCUUCACAGACUGCUCGUGGAAGUCACCCUGGGACCUGACAAUGUGAAGUACAUCACAUUCCGCUCCCCGCUUCUCAUCGAGAACAACACACAGAUCCCAGUGGAAUUGGGUGUCUUCAGCCCCGGAGAAGGUCAUCUUCUCAAGAUUGAGAAGAUUCUGCCUGGUGACGCUCGUCCCGCGCCUGUUGGAUCAGCAUACCUCCAUUCCGUUGUUCUUCGCCCCGAUCAGGGCUUCGGUUAUGAUUGGUCAAACGAGCAAUUGUUCUGGAAGGACUUAAUCAAGCGACCUACACGCACUGUCAAGUGUGUUGGAGAGAGCGGGCAGCAAGCCCCUCCUUUCUAUUUCCAAGUCAAUGCCACAUUUGACAACAAGGAUUCACUCACGGGCGUGUAUCCUUACAUGAGAGUUCGAAUCUUCGCCCCUGUGGAGAUUCAAAACCUGCUUCCGUAUGACUUCAAGUACCGCAUAUACGACAAGAAUACCAAGAAAGACUGGACCAACUUCCUGCGCAAGGGCGGUGUGAGCCCGGUUCAUGUCGUGGAGCUAUCUCAUCUACUUUUGCUCAGUAUUGAUCUGGAAGACACAGUCUUCCGCCAGAGCGAGUUUGCCAUUGUCAAUGGCAAUGCUCAAGACUACCGCAGAGAACAUACAUUGUCUCUCAAGGAUGAGCGAGGUCUCCAGCUGAAGUUGCAGCUUCAUUACUUCAAUAUCCCCAACAGUGGUGGCGCUUUCAAGGUUUCUGUCUACAGUCCAUACCUAAUACUCAACAAGACAGGUCUCCCCAUGGACAUCCAGAGCAAGGCAUUCCUUCAGUCUGCAAGAAAUGCUGCUGGGCAAGGACUCAGAGUCGACCCAAGAGACGAAGGCCGGGCACUUCCAUACAUGUACUCGUAUGCCAACGAGGAUCAAAGAAACCGAUCCAUUCUGAAGGUCGGUGAUUCUUCAUGGAGUAAACCGCAGAGUUUCGAGGCAAUUGGUAGCACCUUUGAGGUCAUUUUCCCUGAUCGCCAAGGCAGAUCCGAGUUCCACUCGGGGGUUUCUGUUGCCGAAGGCGAGGGCAAGUACAAGCUUACCAAGGUAGUGACCCUUGCUCCUCGCUUCAUUCUAAAGAGCAAACUCAAUGAGGAUCUCCUCGUACGUGAGCCCGGCUCGUCCAAUGUGCACCAGAUUCAGAGUGGCCAGCUGGUUCCCCUUCAUUUCCUUCGUCAGGUCGCAGAGAAGCAGCUUUGUCUCUGCUUCCCGGGAGUGAACAACCAAUGGUCCUCUCCAUUCAGCAUCGCCGAUGUUGGCACCGUUCAUGUCAAGCUGGCCAAGGCGAAUCAGCGACAAAAGCUGAUCAAGGUCGACAUCAUUUUGGAAGGAGCAACCCUGUUCCUGCACUUCAGCGUUGAGUCCCGGAACUGGCCGUUCUCCAUGCGCAACGAAAGUGACACAGAGUUCAUUUUCUACCAAGCCAAUCCUAAUAUCGAGGAUGAAGAUGAAGAUGACCACACCAGUGGCUGGAGACCGAUCCGAUACCGAAUCCCACCGCGAAGCAUCAUGCCUUAUGCAUGGGACUACCCGGCCACCAAAAACAAGUCUCUUGUGCUCACUUGCCAAGGAAAGGAGCGCCAUAUCAAGCUUGCCGAAAUAGGAAAUUUGAUUCCCAUGCGGAUCCCGCCUUCGCAGCCUGGUGGAUACCAGAAGAUCAUUGACAUCAAUAUUGCUGCCGAUGGUCCCACCCAGACGCUUGUGCUGUCCAACUUCAAGCCGUCAAAGAGUAUGUACAAGCAGCAAAGAGGACAAUCCUCCCAGAGUGGCACAAACACAGGCUUCGAAGUCAAGGAAAUGAACUCAGACGUCAACUUCAAGGCCCAGCUCCGUCUAGGUGGAAUUGGAAUCUCUUUGAUCAACCAGAAUCUAAAGGAACUGCUGUACCUCACGUUCCGGGAGAUUGAGAUCAAGUUCAGAGAGUCCAGACUUUACCAGACUCUCAACACCACGAUCAAGUGGAUCCAGAUUGACAACCAGCUCUACGGUGGUAUCUUCCCAAUUUUGCUCUACCCUAGUGUUGUUCCAAAGACUGGCAAAGAGAUGGAAGCUCACCCGAUUUUCCAUGCAAUGGUCACACGAGUCAAGGACGACUCGUACGGUGUUCUGUACAUCAAGUACGCAACCUUGCUACUGCAGCAGAUGACGCUUGAAUUGGACGAAGAUUUCGUUUUUGCCAUGCUUGACUUUGUCAAGAUUCCCGGUGCUUCGUGGACCGAAGAGCAGGAAGGCAAGCUGUGCGAUGAAGAUCUCAAUAUUCCCGAGCCGCAACAAUCGGAUAACGGACAGGAUGUUUACUUCGAGCUCCUCCACCUCCAACCAAUGCAAAUGGAUAUCUCGUUCAUGCGCACCGAGCGCGUCAAUGUGGAAGAUGCCAUGCAACCCUCCAACCCCCUGAUGUUCUUUGUCAAUGUUAUGACAAUGUCCAUGGGUAAUGUCAACGAUGCACCCGUCCGUCUCAACGCACUGAUGCUUGAGAAUGCUCGUGUCUCGUUCCCAAGAUUAGUUGGCAACGUUCGUGCACACUACACGCAAGAAUUCCUCCGCCAAAUCCAUAUCAUUCUUGGUUCGGCUGACUUCUUGGGCAACCCGGUCGGAUUGUUCAAUAACGUCAGCUCCGGCGUUGCUGCCAUUUUCUAUGAGCCUUAUCAAGGAUUGGUCAUGACCGACCGGCCUCAGGAACUAGGUAUCGGCAUCGCCAAGGGUGCCACCAGUUUUGUCAAGAAAUCCGUCUUUGGAUUCUCCGAUAGUAUGGCCAAGCUCACUGGUAGUAUGUCUAAAGGUCUUGCGGCUGCCACCCUUGACAAAGAGUUCCAGAACCAGCGCCGAAUGUCCAAGGUUCGCAAUCGUCCCAAGCACGCUCUUUAUGGUAUCACAGCUGGUGGCAAUGCAUUUGCUACUAGUCUGGCGAGUGGAAUUGGCGGCUUAGCGCGCCAUCCACUGCAAGGCGCCGAGAAAGAAGGCAUCCAAGGGUUCUUCAAGGGUGUUGGAAAGGGAGUCCUUGGUUUGGCUACUAAACCUGCCAUCGGUGCAUUUGAUCUUGCUUCUAAUCUUGCAGAGGGUGUUCGCAACACCACCACCGUUUUCGAUGCCGAAGGUCUCGACCGUGUCCGACUUACUCGCUUCAUUGGUACAGAUGGCAUCGUGCGCCCGUAUUCGCAGCGGGAGGCCCUCGGUCAAUUCUGGCUCAAGACCACGGACGAUGGCAAAUACUUCAACGAAGACUACAUUGCUCACUUGGAACUCCCCGGUCGGGACAUGCUGGUCCUAUUGACCUACGCCCGCAUAAUGCUCGUCCGAACGAAGAAGCUCUACACCGAGUGGGAUAUUCGUCUCACCGACAUUCAAACCAUCUCCAAAGAGCGCACCGGAAUGAGUAUCACUCUCAAGGGUGGUGCCAACGGACCUUUCAUUCCCGUGCAAGACGAGAGCUCGCGCAACUGGCUCUACAGGCAGAUUGCCGUCGCUGUCAAUGCUUUCAACGAGAAGUACAAUGCCCGGGGAUAA